AUGGAGAUGAACGUGCGCGACUCGCAUCCCGAUGGCAAAGCGGACGGAAUCACGAGUCGCAACGGGGACACGACGGACAUCACGGUGUCUCUGUCUCACCCGGGCAAGAGGAUGAGUCCGAUCGAGUGUGGCAGCUUGUACCGACUCCGAGACAGAAAGUUUCUGCUGGAGGAUAAGCGGCGACUGUGCGCGUGCGCGCUCGGGGCCGCGCUGCUCGGGAUCCUGCUGAUGGUAGUGCACGCUGAGCUCUGUCCAGCUGUUUACUUACCGGGGUCCAUCUAUGCCCUCUCCAUAAACUGCCUCAUCAGCUUCUCCACUGGCUGUCUACUCAUUCUAAUAAUCGCCUUCCAUUAUAAAGACAUCCGGCUCUUCAUCAUAGAUCACAACCAGGUGGACUGGCGCAUCGCCAUGACCACCAACAGGGUGCUAGGCAUCUCUCUAGAGUUACUGGUGUGUGCCCUCCACCCAGUGGGAAUCUACAUGGGCCCACUGGUCUCAUGGACAAACUCUUCCACUUCCUUCUCCCCCUUCAUCUCGACACCUCUGUGCUUCUGUGGGAGUCCCAUGGAGCCGUGGUUGGAGCUGGAGCUGCUGCUGUCGGCGCUGAUGUUCCUGCGACUGUACCUGGUUCACCGGGCCAUACUGCUGCACAGCAAGGUUCUGCUGAGCGCCUCAUACAGGAGCAUCGGAUCGCUCAACAACAUCAAUUUCACUUUCCGCUUUGUCCUCAAGGUACUCAUGAACAAGUACCCAGCCCGCACACUGCUGGUUUUUAUCAUGCUCUUCUGGCUUUCCUCCGCCUGGAUGCUACGGCUGUGUGAGAGGCAGGCGCAGGUGGAGACGGGUGGCAUGGGUACAGCUCUCUGGCUUAUCGCCAUCACCUUCCUGACAGUAGGCUAUGGAGACGUGUCGCCUAAGACCAGCUGUGGAAAAGUGGUCUGCCUCUUCACUGGUGUCAUGGUAAAAUCAAUACAAGGUGUGGCAUGCACUGCCAUGUUGGUUGCUGUUGUCACAAAGAAACUGGCACUGAACAAGGGAGAGAAACACGUGCACUUUUUCAUGAUGGAUAUCCAGAUCUCCAAAGAGAUACGGAACGCUGCUGCAAAUGUGCUGAGGGAAUGCUGGCUACUCCACCGUGCCACUCAGAAUAGGGACAAGAACAGUGAUCACCGGCACCACCAAAGAUGCCUACUGGAGGCCAUUCGUGUAUUUCGUCACCUGCGGCUGAAGCAGAGGAAGCUGAGAGACUACACAAGUGAGAUGGUAGACCUCUCCAAGAUGCAGAUGAUCAUGUGUGACCUUAGUGCUAACUGGAACAACUCAUACCGAGAGCUGGAGCAGCGCAUCAUCUCCAUGGAGCAGAAACUGGAUGAGCUGAGCCAGUUGUUCCAGAACACAUCCGAACUGCUAGGUCAAGCACUGCAGCAUCGUCACCUUGACCACAGGUGAUGUGGCACAUUUCUUUCUCGAAACGCCAGAGUGGAGGCGCCAAUCAAAACUGUUUAAAGUGAUCGUGCAUCGAUUAUGCAGCGUAAUUGGAGGACUUCAUGAUUUUCUACAGACCUCCACGACUGCAGUGGCUUCACACGACCUGUUGUUGUGAAAGGAGAGAUGAACAAAUCCAUAUACUGCAUCUGUGUGUGGGAUAAAGCCAAAAAAUAAAUAUAUUUAUGUUAAUAUUUAUGUAUAUAUAUUAUGGCUGCAACUAUAAAAGAACAAUAGAGGAGAUAUUUAGUGUUCAAAGCCUCAAAGGUAUGAUAUCCUUCUGUGUUAUUAAGGACUGGAACAAUCAUAGUAAUCUUAAUGUUAUUAAACUUCACCAGCUGCCCCACAGUUAAUGAGAACAAUUUAUCUGUCCAUUUUGGGCCAAUAAAAUUAAUUCAAGCUGAUUUGUGAUGGUUUAGAUACAGCAAGA